CUGUCUCCAAGAUGGCGGCCGUGUCAGUUUGGGGCAUCUCCGCCGUCCGGCCCGGGGCCCCGGGAUCCAGGCUCUCCACCGCCUCGGAUUCUUUCCACUAAAUCUGUCCAUUUGCUGAAGUAUCGAAUGUUUUCUUGGGGGAAGAUAUCACGGAGCAGCUCAGUUGCAAUUCACAGACUGGUGUAAGGUACACAUUUUUCUUAUGUGAGUCUGGACGUCAAAAGGAGCUGUGAAAUGAUUUGAUUUCUUAUACCUUUUGAGGAAAACCUAUCUCUGCAGUGCUCUUUAGGAAUCUAUUGGGAAGUAUGCAGACUUUUCAAACGUUAGAUUGGUUUGGUUUUUAAAUUAGAAGCUGGAAAAGUGUUCUUGUUUGUGAAAGGAGGAGGGAUUCAGGCCAGAAAACUGUAUGCUAUGGUUAACUGGUUUCCAGCCUCCGAGAAUCUUUUUUUCCAUGGUGUGAAACACAUUCAGCAUCAGGAUAAGGGAUAACGACUCUAUGGAUAUACGGAAUUCUUCACCAUGGUAAAACUCGCUAACCCGCUGUAUACGGAGUGGAUUUUGGAGGCGAUCAAAAAAGUGAAGAAGCAAAAACAGCGUCCUUCAGAAGAGAGGAUAUGCAAUGCAGUGUCUUCGUCCCAUGGCUUGGACCGGAAAACUGUUUUAGAACAAUUGGAGUUGAGUGUUAAAGAUGGAACAAUUUUAAAAGUCUCCAAUAAAGGACUCAAUUCCUACAAAGAUCCUGAUAAUCCUGGGCGAAUAGCACUUCCUAAACCUCGGAACCAUGGAAAGUUGGAUGGCAAACAAAAUGUGGAUUGGAAUAAACUUAUCAAACGGGCAGUUGAAGGCUUGGCUGAGUCCAGCGGUUCAACCUUGAAGAACAUUGAACGUUUUUUGAAAGGUCAGAAAGAUGUGUCUGCAUUGUUUGGGGGCAGUGCUGCCUCUGUCUUUCACCAGCAGUUACGAUUGGCUGUCAAACGUGCCGUUGGCCACGGCAGACUACUUAAAGAUGGACCUCUUUAUCGGCUCAACACUAAAGCGGCCAAUGUGGAUGGGAAAGAGAGUUGUGAGUCUCUUUCCUGUCUACCUCCUGUGUCUCUCCUUCCUCAUGAGAAGGAUAAGCCAGUUGCUGAACCAAUUCCAAUCUGUAGUUUUUGUCUUGGUACAAAGGAACAAAACCGAGAGAAGAAACCAGAGGAGCUCAUCUCUUGUGCUGACUGUGGCAACAGUGGUCAUCCAUCCUGUUUAAAGUUCUCUCCAGAAUUAACAGUUCGAGUGAAGGCCUUACGGUGGCAGUGCAUUGAGUGUAAAACGUGCAGCUCUUGUCGUGACCAGGGCAAAAAUGCAGAUAACAUGCUCUUCUGUGAUUCAUGUGACCGAGGUUUUCACAUGGAAUGCUGUGAUCCGCCACUCACCAGGAUGCCAAAAGGCAUGUGGAUAUGUCAGAUUUGUCGACCUCGGAAAAAAGGAAGAAAACUUCUACAUAAAAAAGCAGCACAGAUAAAACGGCGCUAUGCCAAUCCAAUAGGACGGCCCAAAAACAGGUUAAAGAAACAAAAUACAGUAUCAAAAGGCCCUUUCAGCAAAGUUCGAACUGGACCUGGUCGGGGUCGGAAACGUAAAAUUACUCUCUCCAGCCAAUCAGCAUCUUCAUCAGAAGAAGGCUAUUUGGAGCAAAUGGACUUAGACUUCUGCAGAGAUGGUAGUACACCCUUGAAAUUCAAUAAGAAAACCAAAGGGCUCAUUGAUGGCCUUACCAAAUUCUUCACCCCCUCCCCUGAUGGGCGGAAAGCUCGUGGGGAAGUGGUGGACUACUCCGAGCAAUACAGGAUCAGGAAAAAGGGCAACAGGAAAUCAAGCACUUCAGAGUGGCCUGCAGACAAUCAGGAUGGCUGGGAUGGAAAACAGGAAAAUGAAGAGCGACUUUUUGGAAGCCAGGAAGUCAUGACUGAAAAAGAUAUGGAAUUAUUUCGAGAUAUCCAGGAACAAGCACUGCAGAAAGUUGGAGUGACUGGUCCCCCUGAUCCACAAGUUCGCUGUCCCUCUGUCAUUGAGUUUGGAAAAUACGAAAUUCAUACCUGGUACUCCUCCCCAUAUCCACAAGAAUACUCAAGGCUGCCUAAGUUGUACCUUUGUGAAUUUUGUCUAAAGUAUAUGAAAAGUAGAACUAUUCUACAGCAGCACAUGAAGAAAUGUGGUUGGUUCCACCCUCCUGCUAAUGAGAUUUACAGAAAGAAUAAUAUCUCUGUCUUUGAGGUUGAUGGGAAUGUCAGUACAAUUUACUGUCAAAACUUGUGCCUACUGGCAAAGCUGUUUCUUGACCACAAGACAUUGUACUAUGAUGUGGAACCAUUUCUUUUCUAUGUAUUGACACAGAAUGAUGUCAAGGGCUGCCAUCUUGUUGGCUACUUCUCUAAGGAAAAGCACUGCCAGCAGAAGUACAAUGUUUCCUGUAUAAUGAUUCUUCCUCAGUACCAGCGCAAGGGCUAUGGCAGGUUCCUCAUUGACUUCAGUUAUUUGUUGUCAAAGCGUGAAGGCCAAGCAGGAUCUCCAGAGAAACCAUUAUCUGAUCUAGGGCGUCUUUCCUAUAUGGCUUAUUGGAAAAGUGUAAUAUUGGAGUGCCUUUAUCACCAAAAUGACAAGCAAAUCAGCAUUAAAAAAUUAAGCAAAUUGACUGGAAUCUGCCCUCAAGACAUCACUUCCACACUCCAUCACCUACGAAUGCUGGACUUCCGUAGUGACCAACUUUUUUCUGAUUACAGAUUUGUGAUUAUCCGCCGGGAAAAACUGAUCCAGGAUCAUAUGGCAAAGCUUCAAGUGAAUUUGAGACCUGUAGAUGUAGAUCCUGAAUGUUUGCGUUGGACUCCUGUCAUUGUCUCCAAUUCUGUAGUCUCAGAGGAAGAGGAAGAGGAUGCAGAGGAAGGAGAAAAUGAAGAGCAGCAAUGCCAGGAAAAGGAACGGGAUUCCAGUAUGGUAAAAUCGGUGUCUUGGGAGAAAAAAGAAGAUUCAUAUUCAAUAGAGAAUGAAAAGAAACCAGAUAUUAUUGCACCAGCUAAUUCUACACGACUAAACAAGGAAGUUCUUCCCCUGGAUAGUCUGCCAGCAAAUAGUCAACCGUCUCGGAGAGGCCGGUGGGGACGAAAGAACAAAAAAGUCCGAGAGCCUUUUAGUGAGAAAGAUUCUAAACUGCCCUUGGAAGAAACACCAUCAGUUCCUCGGGGGAGAUAUGGUGACUGUGAGGAAAAAUCUGAAGCCUCCCAGGAACAGUUCACCGAGAGUGAAGAGCAUUCGGCAGCUUUAGAGGGGAGGUUUGGCAAAGAUGAAAAGCCAGAAGUCCCCAAAAGGCGACUAAAUGAAAGUGUGGAGAUAUGGCGAGGACCACUGAAGAAAAGCCCAGAGCCUCUCAAGUGCAGAUUACCAGAGGGGAGUGAUAGACUGCCUCACCGGUAUAAUGAUGGAGACAGAGCCAUUUUGAGGGGCUUUAGUGAGAGCAGUGAAGAGGAAGAAGAACCUGAGAGUCCUCGGUCAAAUUCACCACCUGUGCUUACUAAGCCCACAUUAAAACGAAAGAAACCAAUUCUUCACCGGAGAAGGAGAGUCCGAAAGCGAAAACACCAUAAUAGCAGUGUGGUCACAGAAACAAUCUCCGAGACCACAGAAGUGUUAGAUGAACCUUUUGAAGAUUCUGACUCUGAGAGGCCAAUGCCAAGAUUAGAACCUACGUUUGAAAUUGAUGAAGAGGAGGAAGAGGAGGAUGAAAAUGAACUGUUUUCCAGAGGAUACUUUCAUUGUUUGCCCUCACAGGAGGUCCUUAGGCAUCGACCUUCUUCUAAGAGGAAGUCUAAAGAUGAAGAAGAAGAAGAAGAAUCAGAUGAUGCUGAGGGCACCCCUAUUCUGAAGCCAGUAUCCAUGUUGAGAAAAUGUGAUGUGAGGGACUCCCCACUUGAGCCAGAUACUUCUACACCUUUGAAAAAGAAGAAGGGUUGGCCCAAAGGCAAAAGUCGUAAACCAAUCCACUGGAAGAAAAGGCCUGGCCGAAAACCAGGGUUCAAGCUGAACCGAGAAAUAACAGUAUCUACUCAAGAAUGUAGAGUUGAUCCCCUGGUACCCCUUCCUAAGUCUGGGCGCAAGCCCAAAAUUCAAGACAAAGAAGAGGCUGCUGAACCAAAAGAAGAUCUGCCCCUUGCUGAGGAAAGGAAGGAGAAUGAUAUACAUGGAGAAACAGAAGAGGCAGGAGAGGGAGAAGAUGAGGAUACAACCAGCAGUGAAGUGAGAGCAGCUUCCCCAGGGGACAGUCGUGGUAGCCCAGUGACAGAAUCUAAAGAACCUGAGGUAGAAGAAGAGGAAGUUGAGGAGAAGCCCCGGGUUUCAGAAGAAGAGCAGGAGCGUGAGGAAGAGGAGGAGGUGGCCCUGGGAACCAACCAGAAUGAAGACCACGAUGCAGAUGAUGAAGACGAUGGUCACCUAGAAUCCACACGGAAAAAGGAAUCAGAGGAGCAGGCAAUCAGAGAAGGAGUCAAGGAGGAGCCCGGGGGUCAGGAAUCUUUUUUAGAAACAAGUACCCAGAAUGAUCGAGAGGAAGCGAAGAGCAGAAAUGAACCAGAACCGGAUUCUGAGGAAGAACAGGCUUCCCGUGAGACAUCAGUUGUGUCAGAGCACGUGCCCGGCUCUGAGGAUGAUCGUGAAGCAGCAGCCGCCGCCAGCGCUAAAGAGUUGAUGGAGUUCAAGGAAGAGGAAGAGGUUCCUCACAGCGAACUGGAUCUGGAAACCGUGCAAGCGGUGCAGUCACUGACCCAGGAAGAGAGCAGCGAGCAUGAUGGGGCAUACCAGGACUGCGAAGAGACGCUGGCCGCUUGUCAGACUUUGCAGAGUUAUACCCAAGCGGACGAAGACCCUCAGCUGUCGAUGGUCGAAGACUGCCACGCCUCGGAACACAACAGCCCGGUAUCUUCUGUUCAGUCUCAUCCGAGCCAGUCAGUCCGCUCCGUCAGCAGUCCCACCGUGCCUGCUCUGGAGAGUGGUUAUACCCAGAUCAGCCCUGAACAAGGAUCCCUGUCCGCACCCUCUAUGCAGAACAUGGAGACCAGCCCCAUGAUGGAUGUGCCUUCGGUGUCAGACCACUCUCAGCAGGUGGUGGACAGUGGCUUCAGUGACCUGGGCAGCAUUGAGAGCACCACAGAAAAUUAUGAGAACCCCAGCAGCUACGAUUCCACUAUGGGUGGCAGCAUUUGUGGAAAUAACUCUUCCCAGAGCAGUUGCUCUUACGGAGGAUUGUCUUCCUCCAGUAGCCUCACUCAGAACAGUUGUGUUGUCACUCAGCAGAUGGCCAGUAUGGGCAGUAGCUGCAGCAUGAUGCAGCAGAACAGUGUGCAGCCUGCCACCAACUGUAACAUCAAAUCACCUCAGAGUUGUGUGGUGGAAAGGCCACCAAGUAACCAGCAGCAGCCGCCGCCGCCGCAGCAGCCGCAGCCGCAGCCGCAGCAGCCGGCACCACCGCCCCCCCAGCAGCAGCCCCAGUCCCAGCCCCAACCCCAGCCCCAGCCUCCUCAACCCCCUCCACCCCCCCAGCAGCAGCCUUCACUGUCACAGUGUAGUAUGAAUAACAGCUUCCCCCCGGCCCCAAUGAUCAUGGAAAUACCGGAAUCCGGAAGCACUGGGAACAUAAGUAUUUAUGAAAGGAUUCCAGGGGAUUUUGGUGCCAGCAGCUACUCCCAGCCGUCAGCCACCUUCAGUUUAGCUAAGUUGCAGCAGCUGACUAACACCAUUAUGGACCCACAUGCCAUGCCUUAUAGCCAUUCUCCUGCUGUGACUUCCUAUGCAACCAGUGUUUCUUUGUCCAACACGGGACUGGCUCAGCUAGCUCCAUCCCAUCCAUUAGCUGGGGCCCCUCAAGCACAAGCCACCAUGACACCACCCCCAAACCUGACAUCCACUACCAUGAACCUCACGUCACCUCUGCUACAGUGCAACAUGUCUGCCACCAACAUUGGCAUUCCCCACACUCAGAGGUUGCAAGGGCAAAUGCCAGUCAAGGGGCACAUUUCCAUCCGUUCUAAAUCAGCACCACUGCCCUCGGCAGCUGCUCACCAGCAGCAGCUUUAUGGUCGCAGCCCGCCAGCAGUCGCCAUGCAGGCUGGCCCUCGUGCAUUAGCUGUUCAGCGUGGCAUGAACAUGGGGGUUAAUUUAAUGCCAACGACCCCCUAUAAUGUCAAUUCCAUGAAUAUGAACACUUUGAAUGCCAUGAACAGUUACCGAAUGACACAGCCCAUGAUGAACAGCAGUUACCAUAGUAACCCUGCCUACAUGAACCAGACAGCACAGUAUCCUAUGCAGAUGCAGAUGGGAAUGAUGGGGAGCCAGGCCUAUACCCAGCAGCCUAUGCAGCCAAACCCUCAUGGGAACAUGAUGUACACUGGCCCCUCCCAUCACAGCUACAUGAAUACUGCUGGCGUGCCCAAGCAGUCUCUCAAUGGACCCUACAUGAGAAGAUGAGCAAGAUGAACUUGCAACUUAAAAACUUAAAUAUAUAUAAAUAAAGGAACCUUUUAUACUGACAAACCAGAGAAAAUGGACCUUUUUCCAGUUAAAAUAUUGCUGUAGAUUUAGAGGGUUUUUUUUUUGGUUUUUUUUUUUUUUUAGAAAG